AGAGACCAAGAAACGGACUUUAUGAACCACUGUUGCAAGAGAGUGAACGUGAGGCUGUGGCUGUGUUGUUGGAAUACCUUGAGCAUCGAGACGAAACAAAUUUCUUCGAGGGCGAACCAUUACAUUCAUUGUCUACUUUAGCGUUCUCUGAUAAAGUUGAGUUACAACGGUCUGCCGCAUUGGCUUUUGCUGAGAUUACCGAAAAAGAUGUUAGAGAAGUAGAUCGCGAAACGAUGGAGCCAAUUAUGUUCCUCCUUCAAUCUCCCGAUGUCGAGGUGCAAAGAGCCGCAUCUGCCGCACUCGGAAAUCUAGCUGUGGACUCUGAGAACAAGCUCCUCAUCGUGCAAAUGGGAGGGUUGGAGCCCUUGAUACGCCAAAUGCUAUCACCUAACGUUGAAGUUCAGUGUAAUGCUGUUGGAUGUAUAACAAAUUUAGCUACACAUGAUGAAAACAAGUCUAAAAUAGCCAGAUCGGGAGCUCUUGUCCCAUUGACACGUCUCGCGCGAUCUAAAGAUAUGAGAGUACAAAGAAAUGCCACAGGAGCUUUGUUGAAUAUGACUCAUUCAGAUGAAAACAGGCAACAGCUCGUAAAUGCUGGAGCUAUUCCGGUGUUAGUCGGUCUACUUAAUUCGCCUGAUACAGAUGUCCAAUAUUAUUGUACAACUGCUCUCAGUAACAUUGCUGUUGACGGUUUCAAUCGUAAGAAACUGGCUUCAACAGAGACUCGGUUAGUUCAAUCAUUAAUUGGAUUAAUGGAUUCAACUUCACUCAAAGUCCAAUGUCAAGCUGCGUUGGCAUUAAGAAAUCUUGCUUCUGAUGAGAAAUACCAACUCGAAAUAGUCCGCUCAAAAGGCCUCCCACCUCUCCUCCGUCUUCUUCAAUCCUCUUUCCUUCCUCUAAUCCUUUCUUCAGUAGCCUGUAUCCGUAAUAUCUCUAUCCACCCGUUGAACGAAUCUCCUAUAAUCGACGCAGGAUUUCUUCAACCACUCAUCCAGCUGCUCGCAUAUGAAGAAAAUGAAGAGAUCCAAUGCCAUGCCAUAAGCACGCUAAGAAAUCUUGCUGCAAGCUCGGAGAAAAAUAAGCGUGCUAUUGUUGAUGCGGGAGCUGUAGAGAGAGUGAAAGAGUUGGUACUGAAUGUGCCAUUGGGUGUACAAAGCGAGAUGACUGCCUGUGUUGCUGUUUUGGCUCUGAGUGAUGAACUUAAGCCACGGUUGCUUCAAAUGGGAAUAUGCCAAGUAUUGAUUCCGUUGACUAGUUCUCGCAGUACAGAAGUUCGAGGUAACAGCGCUGCGGCUUUGGGCAACUUGUCGUCCAAAAUACAUGAUUAUACACCAUUCAUACGUGUAUGGACAGAGCCAGAUGGCGGUCUUCAAGGAUAUCUCGAAGAUUUCCUUAAUAGUGAAGACAAGACAUUUCAGCAUAUUGCCAUUUGGACGAUAGUUCAAUUCUUAGAAGGAAAAGAUUUACAGCUUCGUAAAAUUAUUUCGUCUUCGAGUAAGAUAGUAUCAGCUAUAAAUCGUCUGGCGGAAAUCGGGUCAAACUCUGAUGGCGAAGAGCAGUUGUCUGCUGAUGAGGAUGACACUAAUGAGGGGGAUAUCGUAGCAUUAGCGCGUAAGACUUGUGAAUUAUUGGCACAGGCUGAUGUUUAA